CUCUACUUAUAACUAGUUUUGGAACUGUGUGGAAUAUGCAGGAACGUGGAAUGAUAUGUGAAUUUUGUUCAAAGUGUUAACCGCGUAACAGAAAUCCCGUAUGUUUGGUCACAUGUAACAAUUCUAUUUAAAAUCCCGCCAUUAUUAUAUCAGGAAAGCAAAGAAGAAGCUGAUCUCUAAAUGCCGAAUCAUGUCUCUCUCGGUUUUAUGACUAACAGAAAAUACUCUGUUCAAUAACACCAAAACUUGGACUACAUCAUGCUGGAUAGACCGAACAUAAUAUAUAAACAUUUAAUGCAAAAUAAGCAGCAAUAUUUAUGAUCUCAGAAUAGUGCCGUAAUUUUCACGGCAUCAUAUUAUCUUCAUUUAUAUACUGACAAAAUCCUUGUUAUAUGAGAACAUAUCUUAACGUACUCUCGGACUACUUAUGUUAGUCAUGAUGCAGACAAUACACGGAAAUAUAUCUAUCUGAGAUUUAUAUUUAUUAAAACAUUUUUAAGUUACAUGUGUAGUAUGGAAGAGGAUGACGGAGCGAUUUCCUUUGCAUGCACACGUCGUCGAAAAAGCAGUAAUACAGGAUCAAGCAUAUAUCAGUCUAUGCAGGACAAUUUAAAUAAAGGAUCGGAACAAACAUUGUAUCAAAGUGUUCGCAAUACUUUAUACGAAGAUGCUAUAAGUAUGAAUAGCAUGCACAGUGUUGUUUCCUUGGAAAAUAUUGAUCAAACAUAUAUAGAUGACUCUUCCAUUAUAAAUAAUGAUGAAAAUGAGAUGGAAGAGACUGUAGAUGGAAGCUGUACCGGUGUAGGAAACACCACACGCGAUUCAAGAUUGCUUCCUCAUUCUGGUACCAAGGAUAGUUUAUAUUUUCAAGAUGAGAUUCGUUCAAUCGAUUUUGUACUUGUGUGGGAUGAAUAUGACGGAGAAACACAGACCUAUCGCAACAUUGAGCGUAGAAAGAUAUUCGAGAAAAACUUAGAAAAAGAGGGGCUGCAGUUGGAAUAUGAACUAGCGGAACCGAAUGGUUUACAUUUUAUAAAGAUCCAUGCCACUAAGGAAGUUUUACGACGAUACGCUGAAAUAUUGAAACUUCGAUUACCGAUGAAAGAAUUGCUCAGUUGCGAAAUACCUCAAACGCGUAGUAAUGUUAUUAUAAAAGAAGUAAAUACGUUUAUACAAAGAAUUAUGAGCAAGUAUUAUGUGGAUACCACCAUCUUCCCAACAAUGAGACAUCAUUUCACAGCAGUGUAUAGUAGAGACAAGGAAUAUUUAUUCGAUUUGGAUUCACCAAAUUUUUUUACCUCAGCUACUCGAUCACGUAUCGUACAGUUUAUUCUGGAUAGAACAAAAUUCACAGAAACUAAGGAAGAUGAUUUUGCAUUUGGUAUUGAAAGAUUAAUAGCCGAACGUGCAUACGUAGCAGCAUAUCCUCUUCAUGAUGGAAACUUACAUACUCCAGACUCUAUGCGAUACCUUUUAUAUACUGAAUGGGCCAGUUUAAAAAAGUGUCUUCAUUAUCAGCCAUUGGAUUACAUUAAAGAAUAUUUUGGAGUAAAAAUCGGACUUUACUUCGCUUGGCUUGGAUUUUAUACUCAUAUGCUAAUUCCAGCGAGUAUCGUCGGCCUCUUAUGUUUCAUAUACAGCUGUGCUACUUUAUAUUAUAAUGAACCAAGCGAAGAUAUCUGUAAUGGCAAUGGUACUAUUAAAAUGUGUCCAUUAUGCGAUCGUUUAUGUGAAUAUUGGGACCUCAAAGAAACAUGUUUACAUGCAAGAAUUACACAUUUGUUCGACAAUCCGUCGACAGUAUUUUUCUCGAUGUUUAUGUCGUUAUGGGCUGCAUUUUUUCUGGAAUUAUGGAAAAAAUAUUCUGCUGAAAUAACUCAUAGAUGGGAUUUGACUGGUUUAGAUAUUCAUGAAGAAUAUCCUAGGCCGCAAUAUUUAGCACGGCUUGCGCAUAUAAAAAAAAAAUCGAUCAAUAUUAUUACAAAUGCCGAAGAGCCAAAGGUCCCAUAUUGGAAAAUGAGAUUACCUGCCACUAUCUUCAGUUUCUCUGUAGUCCUACUUUUGAUAGCUGUAGCAAUGGCUGCGGUACUUGGAGUAGUUCUAUAUAGGAUGUCUGUUUUAACUGCAUUAAGCGUUUAUGGGCAUCCUAUGGUAACUAGUUAUGCUAUAUUAUUUACCACUGCGACUGCUGCAAGCAUCAAUCUUUGUUGUAUCAUUUUAUUUAAUUGGAUCUACGUUUGGCUUGCAGAAUACUUGACAGAGAUCGAACUGCUUCGUACGCAAACUGAGUUUGAUGACAGCUUGACUCUAAAAAUUUAUUUAUUGGAGUUCGUUAAUUAUUAUGCUUCCAUAUUUUACAUAGCGUUUUUUAAAGGAAAAUUUAUUGGUUAUCCAGGAAAAUAUAACCGUUUUUUUGACUUGCGACAAGAGGAAUGCGGACCAGGCGGCUGUCUCUUGGAGCUAUGCAUUCAACUAAGUAUUAUUAUGAUUGGCAAGCAGGCCAUGAAUACUAUUUUGGAGAUGCUUUUCCCGUUAUUUUACAAGUGGAUGAAUACUCUGAAAGUUCAUGUAGGCUCGAGAAGAUUAAAAGAUAAUGAUAAGAGAUAUUCAUCUCGAAAAUUUCUGCAAUGGAUUAAAGAUUAUAAAUUGGUUCAAUGGGGUCCUAGAAGUCUUUUUCCUGAAUACUUAGAAAUGGUGUUACAGUAUGGAUUUGUCACAAUUUUUGUUGCUGCGUUUCCCUUGGCACCAUUUUUCGCACUAUUAAAUAACGUUUUUGAGAUGAGAUUGGAUGCAAAAAAAUUGCUAACCAUGUAUAGAAGGCCAGUUGGACAGCGUGUUAGAGAUAUAGGUAUCUGGUAUCGCAUUCUGGAUUCUAUUUCUAAAUUAUCCGUCAUUACCAAUGCUUUCAUCAUAGCUUUUACUUCGAACUUCAUACCAAGGCUAGUUUAUCGUAUGACGGUUUCUGACAAUUAUUCUUUAGAAGGUUUUCUGGAACAUUCUUUGUCAAAAUUCAAUACUAGUGAUUUGAAAAAUAACACACAGCCAAUGGUCUCGCAGGAUCAACCUUCAGUCGACAUUUGCCGCUAUCCGGAUUACAGAGAACCACCAAACUCAUCAAAUAAAUAUGAGUAUACUAUUAUGUUCUGGCAUGUACUAGCGGCUAGAUUAGCUUUCAUCGUUGUUUUUGAGAACAUUGUAGCACUCGUGAUGAUCCUCGUACGAUGGUGCAUUCCUGAUAUGAGUCCAAAAUUACGUGACAAAAUACGUCGCGAAGCAUAUGUUACCAACGAAAUUAUUAUACAUCAAGAGGCAUUACGAGCACAAGCAAGACCAGAAAUCAACGAACCAACGAUUGCACAAACAUAUGUUUCCAACGAGAAUUCCAAUAGGUGGAAUAGAGUGAUGAGAAAUUCUUUAUCAACUUCUGACUUCGAUUUGGAAGUUCACGGUAGUCCUGUCUCCCCAGUUAAUCCAACUCUACGUAUUAGCUCUGCUGCCGUUUGAUAUAACAAGGAAAUUCGUCAGAUUACUGUAAUUUGGAUAAGAUAGUCUUUUAAAAUAUAUUAAUAUGGAAAGUCUUUUAAAAUAUAUUAAUAUGGGAAACCAAUAUAAAUACCACAAAAAUAAAGAUAUAUUUAACAAUAUUUUUUUAGAAAAUUAUAAUCAGUUAAAAGGAAACAGUUUACCGCAAUGAAUAGUAUAAAAUUUUCCAAAUAUUUUUAUAACAUUUAUUGUAUUUUUACUUAUUGCAAAGUUAUUAAUUGUUAAAGAAAGGUCUUCCAAUGAAAACAGGCAUUUCAAAUUGACAGCUUUCAGUUAAACGAUGAUCUGAAAUAAAAAAGAAUCCAAUUAGAUUCUUAAACUAGAAAUCCCAAAACAUUACAUGACGUUCUAAAAAGUUAAAAUUUCUGUUUAUUAAAAAGUACUGCAAGUUCAAGAAAACAGCAUCGAUUUUUUAGGAAAAUUUUUUUAGUCUUAAUAAAUUUUUCUUAAACUACACAAAAUAUAUGCAGGAAAAAAAUAUAAAAACGUCAAAUAAUAGAGUAUCUUUUAAUACAUACUUUGACGCAAAAUGCAUAUAGAUAUCAUUAAUAGUUUAUAUUGUAUUCUAUCAGUGCGUCUGAAAAAACUCAUUUCAAGGGAUACGCGUUUAAAAUAAUUUAGUUUAGUUUAGUUCCAUUUAUUAAAUAACAAGGAUUAUUUGUAUCUUACUUUGAAUAUCAUUUAUUUCUGGAAUGUAUUAUUUGUAUCUUACUUUUAGUAUCAUCUAUUUCUGGAAUAUAUAAUAAAGUCUUGAUAUGAUACAUCAGAA